AAGAGGCAUCGAAGUGGUGGUAAGUGCUUUCUGGUAAGUAAGUGCAGUUGUCCUCGUUUCCUGCAGUGUUACACCCACCUUCUUUUAAUUCAAGACAAGAUGUUCCAAUCACUUGCUGUUGUGCUAUCGCUGCUGACUACCUCUAUGGUAGCAGCGCACGGUGGUGUUAUCGCGUACACCAUCGAUGGGCACCGCUAUGAUACUGCCACCGUUGGAUCGGGAGCGUCCAGACUCAAGGCCACCCCCCGCGGCGGCCAGAACCUGCAACGACCAUGGACGGGCCUUGGCCCCGUCCGCAGCGCUUCUAGCCCCGAAAUGGCGUGCAACACGCCCGGUUCGCCCGUGAAGUUCACUGCCCCGGCAAAAGCCGGAGGCCAGAUCAAGGCUCAGUGGAAUCCGUGGCCCCAUAAUGGUGGCCCAUUGUCGGUCUGGAUGACCGAGUGCCCAGGCGACUGCGCCAGCUUCUCGAAUCCCCACACGGCCCAGUGGUUCAAGAUCCACGAGGACGGUCUGGCCGGCACGCAGAAGCUUAUUAAAGCUGGCAACUCGCUCACCGUCACGAUCCCCGCCGAUCUCAAGCCCGGCAACUACCUGAUCCGCCACGAGCUGAUCAACUUGGCCCUCCCCCCCGCGGAGUUCUAUCCCGAGUGCGCCCAGCUCCAGAUCACCGGCAGCGGCAGCGUCUCGCCCGGGUCCCAGUCCCGUUCCACCCUCGCGGCCGCCUACAAAUCCUCGCUGCCCGAGCUGGCCCAGAGCUACGACACCUGGAAGUCCAAGGCCAACCAGUACCGGUUCCCUGGCCCGGCCGUCUACCGUGGCGGUGCCGGCGGUGCUGGCGAUGCCGUCAGUGCUAGCGAUGCCGGCGGUGCUAGCGAUGCCGGCGGUGCUGGCGAUGCCGGCGGUGCUGGCGAUGCGCCUAGCACUGGCUCCAGCGUCGGCUCCGGCUCCGUCUCCGGGCUGAUGUCCGGCAUGAACAACGGCGGCGCGGCGACGGGCUCUUCGGGCCUCAGCUCGCUAUUCGGCGGCUCUAGCCUGUUCAGUGGCUUGGGGCUCUUCAACCGCCUGAGUCAAACUUAAUAUAUCGCGACGCGGGGAUUCGAUGUGCCGAAGCGGUUUCCUGAUGGGCCGUAAAUAACUGGUUUAAUGAGGUCGUGCUACUACCCGCGAUGUUGGGCACUGCGAGGCUCGA